AUGGUUGCCACUGGGUAUGAUAUCCGCAAGAAACAUGACCCGAUGUGGAUCGACACGAUCCUCGCGAAAUUCCCAUAUGAUAUAAUAAAAGACUGUAUGAAAGCAUCCUCAACCGACUCAAAACUAACAGUCGGUAGGCUCUUGGAGGAACUUCACGAACAUGUUUCUUCCAAAGCACUAUUUGAAAACAGAUAUGCGUCAUUGACCUCAAGACGGAUCAAUGCUGAAACAGCGCAACGCGCGAAGACUGCCAAGCAAGAAUCGUGCUUAUUUUGCCAAAGGAAUAACCACCAAACAAAGGAUUGCACAGUACGAACCCCAAUCGAUCGUCGAAACGCACUGAGGGGUCAACCCGUCUGCUGGAAAUGCUUUGCGAGCGACCACAGAAGUCGCGCUUGCUUUCAAAGGAAUUGUCCCAGGUGCAACGGAGAUCACCACAUUUCUCUAUGCUCCUACAACGCAGGAGAAACUUCUUCCGUAACAUCUUCUGUAACAAGUGCACGCACGAAAUCACAAGACGAGACUCGCAAAACAUCCAGUGGUAGCGAUAGAAAAACUACCACACAGAAGGGCACAUACCGUAAUCAGACCAGUCACAUGACUGUCGAUAAAGUGCAAGCAGCCGCACCGACAAAAGAGGAACAAAAAGCCGUGAACAGUUUCUCGAACCAAACACAUGGAAAUUCUCACGAGAAAAACCUCGUCCUCAUGACAGUGGAAGGACAGAUCAAGAACAACGCUAAUGGCUCAUUCGAGAACGUCCUGAUUUUCCUCGAUUCGGGGGCUCAAUGCAAUUUGAUUGCUGCCAGCCUGGCUGACGCACUCGCUCUUCCGCGAGGUGACCCAUACCAAUGCACAAUGCACGGAAUUGGAGGAACUGCUCAAACCUAUACGGCGCAGCAAGUGACAGCCGUUUUCAGAACGCGGUUCGGAGAAACUCUCGCCAUUAAUUUGAGCACCAAACCUGUGCUCACGAACGCAUUUCCUGCCGCUACACUUACGGAUUCGGAUGUCCAAUUCCUCAAACAAAAC